AUGGGGGGCAAGUCUGCGAACAAGGCCGGCUACUUCGACAAGCUCAAGGGCUUGUUGGAGGAAUUCAAGUCAAUCUUCAUCGUCACCGUCGACAAUGUCUCGUCGCAGCAGAUGCACGAGAUCCGUCACGCCCUCCGCGGCUCCGGCGUUGUCCUGAUGGGCAAGAACACCAUGGUUCGCCGUGCCCUCAGGACCUUCAUCAUCGACACCCCCGAGUACGAGAAGCUCCUGCCUCACGUCAAGGGCAACGUCGGCUUCGUCUUCACCAACAGCGACCUCAAGACAAUUCGUGACAAGAUCCUGUCCAACCGAGUCGCCGCGCCUGCUCGUGCCGGCGCCCUGGCUCCCGUCGAUGUGUGGAUUCCCGCUGGCAACACCGGCAUGGAGCCCGGCAAGACGUCCUUCUUCCAGGCCCUCGGCGUCCCCACCAAGAUCGCCCGUGGUACCAUUGAAAUCACGGCCGACCUGAAGCUUGUCGAGUCCGGCAGCAAGGUCGGCCCCUCCGAGGCCACCCUGCUCAACAUGAUGAACAUCUCGCCCUUCACCUACGGUAUGGGCAUUGCCCAGGUCUACGACCAGGGCCAGACCUUCCCCGCCGACAUCCUUGACAUUGGCGAGGAGCAGCUCCUCGGCUCCCUGUCCAACUGCAUCGCCACCAUUGCCAGCAUCUCCCUGGCCAUCAAUUUCCCCACCAUGGCCUCCGUCAUGCACUCCAUCGUCAACACGUACAAGAACGCCCUGGCCGUCGCCAUCGAGACCGAGUACAGCUGGCCCGAGAUUGAGCAGCUCAAGGACCGCAUCGCCAACCCCGAUGCCUACGCUGCUGCCGCCCCCGCUGCCGCUGCUGGCGGUGCCGGCGACUCCAAGCCUGCCGCCGAGGAGAAGAAGGAGGAGUCUGAGGAGGAGGACGACGAGGGCUUUGGCGGUCUCUUUGAUUAA